AUGGAAGCCGACCUCGCGAAACUGUGGGGUAGCGAGGCAGAGCUGAUCUCCGACUCGAGGCUGGCAGAGGCCGCCUUGGCCCGCGCGUCCGGGCAGGUGGUGCCACACUUUGCCUCAGAAGUCGCAAGCGCAUGCGACGAAGGCGUCUCCAGCGCACCCUCCGCACCCUCGAUGCCCUCCAUGCCCUCCAUGCCCUCGAUGCCCUCGGCCCCAGCGAGGGGCCUGCGGACGCCAGGAGCGCUGGCAGCUCCGGCAGCACCACCUGCGGAGCGGCGCGGCCGGCCGGAGCGCAGCGUGGGCCCGGAGCUGCGAGGGGACUGGCAGGUGCUGGACUCCGCCACUGCCACUGCUCCGCAGAAGACCGUAGCCACCGUGAGCAUGAUCGACUGCUUGUGGGAGAAGGUCACCAAGGUCAGCGAUGACGUGGACUCCCUUCAGGAACAGGUCCAGGGCCACAGCACCGAGAUCAAUGCCUGGAUUCCCAACCAUGAGGUUGCCCGGCGCUCCGAGCUCGAGGAGCUGUCAAAGUCCUGCGCCUCCCUCCGGGCAGACUGCGCCACGAGGCGGCAGCUGGAAGACCAGGCUACCGAGCUUCAAGGGGCUUGGCGUGGCACCGCAGCCGGUCUGUCCGAGCGCUUGGGGGCCUUGGAGGCGGUGGUGAAGGAGAUGCCAACACGGCUGAGCAGGGAGGCGGACGCUGCCAAGUGUGCCUUGGAUGGUCUCGAGCAGAGGUUAGAGCAGCGGAUUCAGACGGUGGUGUCUGAUCGUCUCCGCGCUGCAGCCAGUGAGGCGGAAGUGCUCCGCGACGCUGCGCUGGAACGACUCAGAGCUCAUCUGCGGCAGCAGCUGCAGGAGGAGGCAGAGCGCCAGGAGCAGGGCCUGAAUCAGCUGAAGCAGCGCUUCUGGGACCGGCUGGAUGAGGCAUCUGUUGGGCUCCGCCGGCUUGAGGUUUCCCUCCAGUCGGAGACAGCAGAUCGCCAAAGCAAGGAGCAGCUGCACCAGCAGGGUCUGGAUUCCGUCCAGAAGGAGCUUGGCCGCCUCGCGGGUGAGCAGACACGGCUGGAAAGGGCCGUGGACGGCAACCGGAAGCUGAUCGAUUCGAGUGCCGAGGAUGUUCGGAGAUCCAUGGAAAAUGAAAGUCGGCGUGUGGCGGAGAUCGAGGCCCGGAGCCUGGGCACUAGCUCGGAGCUCCAGCGCCUGGGCCAGAAGUUGGAGCUCCAGCACCAGGAGGCCAUGAGCAGGUCGAGGGAGGUGUCGCAACAAGCCGGAGAGCAAACGCAGCGGGUCAUGCAGCGCAUGCAGGACCUGGGCCCAGAGCUGAAAAAGCAGGCUUGCGACGCUGCCUCGACUGUGAAGGAGGAGCUUCUGGCACAGCUGCAGCAAGUCCAGGAGACCGAGGAGGCGCAACGCCGCAGUCUAGAGGAACGGUCCAACGAGCUGCUGGAUCGAGGCCUCCAGAAGUUGGCCCAAGAGGUGGCCGAACGCGUGGACGAAGCGCAGGAGCACCAGCGGUUGGCUUCUGCCACGUCGGAAGGGAGACUGGUGGGGCAGCUCGAGAGCUACAACGGCCGCCUCUUGGCCGCGGAGAGCUGGCGCAGCGCCUUCCAGGAGCGCGAGGCCGCGCGUGAGCAGCGGCUGGUGACGCUUAGCGAGGCAAUGCGAAAGGUGGAGGCCGCCUGUCAGGAGGUCCCAGCUCUGGAGGCUCGCAUUGAAGAGGCCCGUGCCACCAUCAAGGAGGACUUGGCAGCCAGUGCCAUGAACGCUUUCCAAGGCGAGAUGCGCCUCUGGGCCAAGAUGGCCCAGCUUGGUGCUGUGCCCCCCGUGAUGCACCAGGCUCCGGGUGUCUGA